GCGUGUCCCCGUGGCACCGCCCGCGGCCCCGGCGCUCGGUGGGUGCGGGAGCCGCCAUGGCGAGCCAGUCGCAGGGCAUCCAGCAGCUGCUGCAGGCCGAGAAACGCGCCGCCGAGAAGGUGGCCGAGGCCCGCAAACGGAAGAACCGGAGGCUGAAGCAGGCCAAGGAGGAGGCCCAGGCAGAGAUCGAGCAGUACCGCCUGCAGCGGGAGAAGGAGUUCAAGGCCAAGGAGGCAGCGGCACUUGGAUCUCAUGGCAGCUGCACCACUGAAGUUGAGAAGGAGACCCAGGAGAAGAUGAGUGUGAUCCAGCAGAACUUCCAGAAGAACCGUGAGGUGGUUCUGUCCCAGCUGCUGUCCCUGGUGUGUGACAUCAAACCCGAGAUCCACGUGAACUAUCGCAUCAAUGGGUAGUGGGGGAAGAAGGAAAACUGUGCUGGGAGUCGUGUCUGAGCUUCAGGUGGAAUGUACAGCCCUUGGCCAUCCCUUACCUGUCCUUAUCCAUGUGUUAAAUUAUUGCAGUGAGCUGUUGGAGUUCUCUUAGUUUCUGUUUUGACCCGGGUUCAGAGCUUAUUCAAACAUGAAAUGGCCACAUCUCACAUCUGGGCUAAGUUAUUGAACAAAUAUAAUCCAGUUGGCACAUCAGUGCUGCCUGAAGGAGAAAGGAGAGGGAGAUUCUGGCCAGAUUGAAAUGGGGAGCCCGUGUCAGUAAUUGUUAAACGUGUGUAACUGUAUUUUCAUUGACCAAACUGCAUUUUUCAGCGUGUUGUUAAACCUUUGCACAGGGUUGAAACCCUGGGGAAAGAGCUCUCUGGCUGUACAGUGCUGGCUGAUCAUUUUGAGGUGCUUGUGUUGAAUAUCCUCUGUAUAUUCUGCUGUUGCUUGAGGUACAAGUCUGGCACUGUGACACCUGCAAGUAAAAACACUUCACUCCAAA